AAUGAAGUCGGUCGUGAUGAUCUGUCUUCGUGCCGAGGCAUCUCUGAGUCGGAAAGUGACGGCUUAGAGCGCUCAUGCUCAGUGGAAGUUCCACUGAAUGACAAAGGUGGGGUUGAAGUUGAUGACAACGUUGACGGUGUUGUCGAUAUUCCUUUCUCUUCGUUUGGUGCCAAUGCACUAGAGGUGCGACGAAAACUACUAGUGUCGAAGGUAGUCACCGGAACAGAGGCAGAAUGCUGUUGUUGA